AUGCUCCAGCAACCAGUAUCCAGGGAAUUACGUUCAUUUCAAUCACUUUCCCGUUUUUCUGGACCCCGUGGAUUGCUAAACAGGCGUCAAUCAAAUUCUAGGCGCUAUCUGCAAUCACGGCGCAGAACUACCGAAGCUUGCGUGGAUGAUUCACAGCUUUUAUCAGCAACGGGGCCUGGCCCAUCCACAGAAGGUCGAAGCUUCUUGCCGCAUAGGAAGAAAACUUUCUCGUUAUCUAUGGAAGUAAAUCCAUUACGACCAUGGCAUGAUAGUAUUCUGGAAGAAGUUGAUUAUCAGAAACAAACCCAAGUUGGUUGGGAUAAUGAGGCGGAUAUUAUCAACGAAGAAUGCGAUUUACCCUAUCCAGGAUUUACGGAACCAGCCUUACAUUGUUUACGGCAAGCAGUACCACCACGUUCAUGGGCCUUACGAAUGGUUAUGAAUCCGUGGUUUGAUCGUAUAACAAUGAUUGUUAUUUUGAUUAAUUGUGUAACACUUGGAAUGUAUCGGCCAUGUGAGGAUAAUGAUAAUUGUACAACAUAUCGUUGCUAUGUUCUCUCAACCAUUGAUCAUAUCAUUUUUGCAUAUUUUGCUUUAGAAAUGAUGAUCAAAAUAAUUGCACUCGGGUUCUAUGGCUCAGCCGCUUAUCUUUCUGAUACUUGGAAUCGCCUUGAUUUUUUUAUUGUUUGUGCAGGGUGUGCAGAAUAUCUAUUGCAAGAAUACUUGGGUAAUUUAAAUUUAACUGCUAUACGAACAAUUCGUGUACUUCGACCGUUACGUGCUGUCAAUAGGAUACCAUCCAUGAGAAUUCUUGUUAAUCUAUUAUUGGACACAUUACCGAUGCUUGGUAAUGUAUUGUUGUUAUGUUUCUUUGUCUUUUUCAUAUUUGGUAUUAUUGGUGUUCAAUUAUGGGCCGGACUGCUCAGAAAUCGUUGUGUUAUUAGCUUGCCCAAAAUAAAUGCUGAUAUUGAUGUCUCAGAUAUAUCACUUACACGAUAUUAUAUACCGGAAGACACCUCGCUAGAAUAUAUUUGUAGUCAAGCGGAUUCAUCAGGUCUUCAUACAUGCAAUAAUCUACCUCCUUACGUACACAACGGAGUUAAAUGUAAUUUGACGAUACAUGAAUGGACAAAUAUAAAAAAUGAUACAACAGCGUGUAUAAAUUGGAAUGCUUAUUAUAAUGAAUGUAAAGUUAUGCAUCGUAAUCCAUUCCAAGGAUCUAUAUCAUUUGAUAAUAUUGGUUUCGCAUGGAUUGCUAUCUUUCUGGUUAUAAGCUUAGAAGGAUGGACAGAUAUCAUGUACUAUGUACAAGAUGCGCAUUCGUUUUGGAAUUGGAUAUAUUUUGUCUUAUUGAUUAUUAUAGGAGCAUUUUUCAUGAUCAAUUUAUGUUUGGUUGUUAUCGCAACACAAUUUGCGGAAACAAAACGACGCGAAACCGAACGAAUGAUUGAAGAAAGGAAAAGACUACGAUCAUCAGGAUCUCUCAGUAGCGAUCCGGCUCAUUUAUCGAGAGAUGAUGAAGAAGGUGAUAGUGUUUAUGCAGCUAUAAUCAAAUCUAUACGACAUUAUUCUCGUCGAUUGAAAAGAAGAUUUCUUAAGCAAUGGAAAAUUUGGGAGGAACGUUUUGCGACUAGGCGGAAAUUCUUUAAAGGCUUUUCAAAUAACACUCAACCAAAAGCUGAAAAUUCUAAAGAAACGAAAGCGAAAGAUGUCAAAGUAGCCAAUAUUGCUACAAAUGACACGUUAUUGCCAUUGGAAAGUGCCCAUCACGAGGAAAGUACCCAUCACGAGGAAAGUAAAUUGCAAGAUACUAUUAAGAAUCUGAAGUGGAAUGGAAGUAUGAAUGUGACAGAUUGCACAUCGAACAGUCUAGAAAGUGACGUGGAGAUAGGUUCAACGAAUGACAACCAUCUUGCCUCACUGAAAAAAUCCGUUCGAGUGGGAGAUUUGUCAAGCGGUGAGGAAAGUGAUGUGGAACUUUCCGAUCAAUUAUCCGGAACCGAAUCUGAGCUUGGAUAUGGUGAUGCUGAUGGUAUUCGUAGCAGCAAGGACUAUGGUGAUAGUUCCCGCACUAAAUCGGAUAAACUGACCAAAACAAAUUCUACGCUAUUAGGUCGAUUUCGUGAAAAACUUCGAGCAUUUGUGGUUUGUAAUCAUUUCAAACGCGGUAUUUUAUUCGCUAUUUUGAUUAAUACUCUCAGUAUGGGCGUCGAGUAUCACCAGCAGCCUGAAUUACUGACAACAAUCUUAGAAAUCAGUAACUACUUCUUUACUGGUUUAUUCGCAUUGGAAAUGUUGCUCAAAAUAGGUGCAGAUGGUUUAUUUGGAUAUCUUUCCGAUGGUUUCAAUCUUUUUGAUGGCGGAAUAGUCGCACUAAGUGUGUUGGAAUUGUUUCAAGAAGGAAAAGGAGGAUUAUCAGUACUUCGAACAUUUCGUUUACUUCGGAUUUUGAAACUGGUUCGAUUUAUGCCCGCUUUACGAUAUCAGUUGGUUGUUAUGUUACGUACAAUGGAUAAUGUGACGGUAUUCUUUGGAUUACUCGUUCUCUUCAUCUUUAUUUUCAGUAUACUUGGAAUGAACUUAUUUGGAUGCAAGUUUUGCAAAAAUCCAAUUAAUGCAAUGGAUCAAACUAAGAAAUGUGAGCGCAAAAAUUUCGAUUCUCUGUUAUGGGCACUGGUCACUGUUUUUCAGAUUUUAACACAAGAAGAUUGGAAUGUCGUUCUAUUUAAUGGCAUGGCUCGUACGACACCUUGGGCUGCUCUAUACUUUGUUGCUUUGAUGACAUUUGGCAAUUAUGUACUAUUCAAUUUGCUUGUUGCAAUCCUGGUUGAAGGUUUCCAAGAAAGUAAGGAAGAAGAGAAACGACAAUUGGAAGAAGAAGCUAUGAAAAAGGCAACUGAUGAAGAAAAAGAAAGAAAACGUGAAUUGGAAUUAUUUCUAGCGAAAGCUUCCUCUUCCACAUAUCUUAAUCAAAAGAAUUCUCCCACCUAUUAUAGUUACGAUCGUGGACCAGGUAAUUUUCAAGCAUUUCAAGAUGUCUACCAAAUGCGAUACAGUGUUCCGACAAGUCCAGAUGAUGAGGAGGAAGGUGAGAAAUCAUUGCAGUUAAGACAACGAUCGUUUCUAACCAGACGAACUGGUAGUUUCAAUCGGCAUCAUCCAGCAAAAUCAAUUAAUUCUAGUCUUUAUUAUAGAUUAGAUCGACAUACUUCACUUAUCCUACCUCAAAUGAUACCGUACUUUGAUCCUUAUUCAAACGCCGAAGUUCGACAACGUAUGAAUAGUUGGUGUGGAAUGCAAACAAAACUCAAUCCAUUUCGUUCUAUUGAUAGUCGGCAAGCUGUUAUUGAAGCCUAUACAAGGGAUAGGUUAAUUAAGGCAAAUGAAGAAUUGCAAGCAGCGAUUGAGCAGGAUGAACGUUGCAAGAGAGAAUGGCAAAAUACGAAAUUGAUGCGAUUAUUGCGAAAAACGUGUUUUUAUAAACGUGCCGAUUAUUCGCUUUAUAUUUUUAGUUCAAAAAAUCGAAUUCGAAUUAAGUGCCUUCAAUUAACACAAAAAAAAUGGUUUGAUUAUACGAUUUUGAUAUUCAUCGCUAUUAACUGUAUUACACUAGCCAUGGAACGACCAUCAAUUCCACCGAAAUCGCUGGAACGACAAUUCCUCACAUUUACCGGAUAUGUUUUCACCGUAAUUUUCACCAUCGAAAUGAGUAUGAAGGUUGUUGCGAAUGGAUGUUUAUUUGGAAAAGAUGCUUAUUUUAAAGAUGGAUGGAACAUUUUGGAUGGCGCAUUAGUCAUUAUAAGUCUUAUAAAUGUUGUUUUUGAAUUGUUAGUUCAUAUAGAUUCACCGAAAAUAUUUGGUGUUAUACGUGUAUUACGGUUGCUACGAGCAUUGCGUCCGUUGCGUGUUAUCAAUCGAGCACCUGGUGUGAAACUGGUGGUUAUGACGUUAAUAAGUAGUUUGAAACCUAUUGGAAACAUUGUUUUGAUUUGUUGCACUUUUUUUAUCAUCUUUGGUAUUCUCGGUGUUCAGUUAUUCAAGGGUAUGAUGUUCCACUGUGUUGGACCAAAUUUAACUAAUGUCACAACAAAGACAGAUUGUUUGAUGGAUCCACGAAAUCGAUGGGUUAAUCAUCGUUAUAAUUUUGACAAUCUUGGCCAAGCAUUAAUGUCAUUGUUUGUAUUAUCCAGUAAGGAUGGCUGGGUUGCUAUCAUGUACCAGGGUAUUGAUGCCACAGGUGUAGAUUUACAGCCGAUCGAAAAUUACAAUGAAUGGCGAAUGAUUUAUUUCAUUUCCUUUCUACUACUUGUCGGAUUCUUUGUACUGAAUAUGUUUGUUGGUGUUGUUGUGGAGAAUUUUCACAAAUGUAAAGAAGCAUUGGAAGCUGAAAUGAAGGAACAAGCACGAAAAAAGCGCCUGGAAAGAAAAUUAAAACGACAACAAUACGAAAGUGAAUAUGGACAAAAGAAAAAAAGACGUGAAAAAUCUCAACCAUACUGGCACAAUUACGGUCCCACAAGGCUAUUUUUAAACAAUAUUGUGACAUCAAAGUACUUCGACUUAGCCAUCGCCGCUGUUAUUGGAGUAAAUGUUAUCUCAAUGGCAAUGGAGUUCUAUAUGAUGCCAAUUGGACUGAAAUAUGUCCUUAAAACAUUGAAUUAUUUUUUCACAGCUGUCUUCACUCUCGAAUCUGUGAUUAAACUUAUAGCAUUGGGAUUUCGUCGCUUUUUUCAAUGGAAUCAAUUGGAUAUUUCCAUUGUAAUUCUAUCUAUCGCUGGUAUCAUAUUCGAGGAAUUUGAAGCCUUAGAAUUACCCAUUAAUCCAACAAUUAUCCGAGUGAUGCGAGUCCUUCGGAUUGCUCGGGUAUUGAAAUUGUUAAAAAUGGCUAAAGGUAUCCGAUCAUUGUUGGAUACUGUUGGUGAGGCAUUACCACAAGUUGGAAAUCUUGGAUCCCUUUUCUUUCUCCUGUUUUUCAUUUUUGCCGCUCUUGGUGUCGAGUUAUUCGGUAAACUCGAAUGUUCGGAUGAACAUCCAUGUGAUGGACUUGGUGAGCAUGCUCAUUUCAAAAAUUUUGGCAUGGCAUUUCUUACAUUAUUUCGCAUAGCUACAGGUGAUAAUUGGAAUGGAAUUAUGAAGGAUGCAUUACGUGAUGAUUGUGAUCCAUCGGAUCAUUGUGAAUCAAAUUGUUGUGUCGAUCCAAUAUUAGCACCAUGUUUUUUUAUCAUUUUUGUACUGAUCUCGCAAUUUGUAUUGGUCAAUGUUGUUGUUGCUGUUUUGAUGAAGCAUUUAGAAGAGAGUAACAAAAGAGAAGAGGCGUCUGAUGGUCAUGGGAUAACUGGAACGGAUACCGAUGUGAAUAAAACUGAUACAGAUGUUGAAGAUAAUGCCGAUUCAUCACAAAAAGAUUUAGAUAAUACUGGUGCUGAUACGAAGAAUGAAAAGGAUUGCUUAUUAGUUCAUACAAGAUAUAUGGAAACACCUUUACUGAAACACAACGAACAUCACAACGGGCAUUCCCCCAUGCUCAAAUGA